AUGACAGAGACUGCGGCCUUUGAAAUGAUGAUCGCCAGGGGAUUAGACGAGUCCAUCUUCAUCCACCAGCCUUUGGUGUACUGUCACUUUGCUCUGGGAGUGGGAGAGCCGCGCUACCAUCAGGCUUCAGACUGGGAGAAACUCCAGAAGACGCUGGCUGAUGCUUUGGAGCAUUAUAAUGAGCUGAAUGCCGUUAUGGACCUGGUACUGUUUGAAGAAGCCAUCCAGCAUGUGUGUCGCAUCAGUCGUAUCCUGGAGGCCCCUUAUGGUAACGCCCUGCUGGUGGGGGUCGGGGGCAGCGGGAAGCAGAGUCUUUGUCGGCUGGCUGCUUUCCUCAGCUCACUGGAAGUUUUCCAAAUCACUCUUCGUAAAGGUUAUGGAAUCAAUGACCUCAAGAGUGAUAUAGCAGCAUUGUAUAUAAAGGUGGGGGUGAAGAACAUUGGGACAGUGUUCCUGCAUACAGACGCCCAGAUUCCAGACGAACGCUUCCUGGUGCUCAUCAACGAUAUGCUGGCCUCAGGGGAUAUUCCAGACCUGUUCAGUGAUGAAGAGGUGGACAUGAUUGUGACCUCCAUCCGGAUGGAGCUGAGAGGAUUAGGACUCAUAGAUAGCAGAGACAACUGCUGGAGCUUCUUUAUUGAGAGGAUCCGAAGACAGCUCAAGGUUGUCUUGUGUUUCUCCCCAGUCGGGUUCACAUUGAGGACGCGUGCAAGGAAGUUUCCGGCUCUGGUGAAUUGUACAGCCAUAGACUGGUUUCACUCCUGGCCUCAGCUCGCCCUGCAGUCUGUCAGCACUACUUUCAUCGAGAAGAUACCUGGACUGGAGCCAAAUGUGCGGGCGUCUAUCAGUGAGUUCAUCUCCUACGCCCACACCAGUGUCAAUGAGGUGAGUGUAAAGUACCAGCAGAGUGAGAAACACUUUAACUACACCACCCCGAAGAGUUUCCUUGAGUUCAUGAAACUGUACGGCAACCUGCUGGGGAAAAAACGCACAGAGCUGACCCAGAAGAUGGAGCGGUUAGAAAACGGCCUGCAGAAACUUCAGACGACUGCCUCACAGGUAGAAGAUCUGAAAGCCAAGCUAGCAGUGCAGGAGGUGGAGCUGUGGCAGAGGAACUCGGACAUAGAGGCUCUCUUGGAUCAAAUAGGACAACAGACAGACAGGCUCAACCAAGAGAGAGCUGUGGCAGAUGCAGAGGAGCAAAGGGUGGCAGCAAUCCAAGCUAAAGUGACCAAACAGCAACAGGAGACUGAGGACGACCUGGCAAAGGCUGAACCAGCCCUACAGGCAGCCAAUUCAGCCCUCAAUACAUUAAACAGGUUGAACCUGACGGAGCUGAGGACGUUCCCCAACCCUCCAGCUAUUGUCACUAACGUCUCGGCAGCUGUUUUGGUGCUACUGUCUCCCCAAGGCCGAAUCCCCAAAGAUCGCAGCUGGAAGGCUUCCAAGAUGGUCAUGAGCAAGGUGGAUGACUUCCUGCAGGCUCUGGUGAACUUUGACAAAGAGCACAUCCCCGAGGCCACGGUGAGGUGCGUGAGAGACGAGCACCUCAGUGACCCCGAGUUCAACCCCGAGUUUGUACGACAGAAAUCCUCUGCUGCUGCAGGGCUCUGUGCCUGGGUGAUCAACAUCACUCGCUUCCACGAGGUAUCUUGUGAGGUAGAGAUGAAGAGGAUGUGUUUGUCUCAGGCCAACGCUGAUCUGACUGAAGCUGCUGAGAAACUAGAGGCUAUCAGGAAAAAGCUUGCUGAGCUGGACAGCAGCCUGGAAACUCUGACAACAGCAUUUGAGAAAGCCACUUCAGAGAAAUUGCGCUUUCAGGAAGAGGUCAAUCGCACCAACAAGACAAUAGAACUAGCCAAUCGGCUUGUCAAAGGACUGGAGAGUGAGAAUGUGCGCUGGGCCCACUCAGUGGCUCAGUACCACGAGCAGGAGGAAACACUAAGCGGCGACCUCCUCCUCACCGCGGCCUUCAUCUCCUACGCCGGAUCCUUCUCCAAGAAGUACAGGAGAGAGCUUCUGGACAACCUCUGGGUGCCCUUCCUGCGCAGCCAGAAGAUGCCCAUCCCCAUGACAGAGGGCCUGGAUCCAGUGUUGAUGCUGACUGACGGGGCGAUGGUGGCCCAGUGGAACAAUGAAGGCUUACCAGGAGACAAAAUGUCAACUCAGAAUGCAACCAUCCUCACAAACUGUGAGCGCUGGCCUCUCCUCAUUGACCCUCAGCUGCAAGGCAUCAAGUGGAUCAAGAGCCGCUACGGCAGCAGCCUGAAAGUCGUCAGUCUGGGGCAGACAGGAUAUGUAGAUGUGAUAGAGCAGGCUGUGGUGGCAGGACACACUGUCCUCAUAGAGAACCUGGAGGAGACCAUCGACCCUGUUAUUGACCCCCUGCUGGGACGACACACCAUCAAGAAGGGAAGCUGUAUAAAGGUUGGGGACAAGGAGUGUUUCUUCAACCCAGGCUUUAGACUGAUCCUCCACACCAAGCUGGCCAACCCUCACUACAAACCAGAGAUUCAAGCACAGACCACCCUCAUCAAUUUCACUGUGACCAGAGACGGACUAGAGGACCAGCUCCUGGCCCAGGUGGUGAACCAGGAGAGACCCGACCUCGAGCACCUGAAGAGCAACCUGACCAAACAGCAGAACAUGUUCAAGAUUGAGCUGAAGCUCCUGGAGGACGAGCUGCUGACCCGGCUGUCCGCUGCAGAGAGUAACUUCCUGGGGGACAACGUGCUGGUGGAGAAGCUCGAGACCACCAAGCACACCGCUGCUGAGAUUGAGAUGAAGGUUGUGGAAGCUAAAGUCAACGAGGUGAAGAUAAACGAAGCCAGAGAACACUAUCGGCUCGUUGCUGUCCGAGCUUCUCUGCUCUACUUCAUCAUGAACGACCUUAACAAGAUCAACCCCAUAUACCAGUUCAGCCUCAAGGCCUUUAACGUGGUUUUCCACAAAGCGGUGGCACUAGCAGAGGCCUGUGAGGAUGUGAAGAGCAGAGUAAACAUACUCAUAGACCUUGUUACUUACUCCACCUUCAACUACAUCAGCAGGGGACUAUUUGAGAGAGACAAGCUCACCUUUACUGCACAGCUGGCUUUCCAGUUGCUGCUGAUGAGCAAGGAGAUAGAUGUGCGAGAGCUAGACUUCCUGCUACGUUUUAACAUCGACCACCACUACAUCAGCCCCCUGGACUUCCUCUCCAACUCAGCGUGGAGUGCUAUCAAAGUGAUGAGUUUCACAGAUGAGUUUCGCGGUCUAGAUCGGGACAUUGAGGGCUCUCCUAAACGCUGGAAGAAGAUGGUGGAGUCUGAGUGUCCAGAGAAAGAGAAGUUUCCUCAGGAGUGGAAAGGGAAAAGCUCCCUGCAGAAACUCAUCAUGAUGAGAGCCCUGAGACCUGAUCGCAUGACCUAUGCUCUGAAGAACUUUGUGGAGGAGAAGCUCGGGGUGAAGUACACAGAGGGCCGGAAGACUGAAUUUGCAAAGUCCUUCAGAGAAAGUGGACCAGCCUCACCUGUGUUCUUCAUCCUCUCCCCCGGAGUGGACCCUCUUAAAGAUGUGGAAUCACUGGGAAGGAAGCUGGGUUUCACCAUCGACCUUGGGAAGCUUCACAACGUGUCCUUGGGUCAGGGCCAGGAAGCUGUGGCUGAGGUUGCCAUGGAGAAGGCUGCCAAGGAGGGUCACUGGGUUAUCUUGCAGAACAUCCACCUGGUUGCCCGCUGGCUGGGCUCCCUGGAGAAGCUGCUGGAGCGCUGCUGUGAAGGCAGCCACCCGGACUACAGGGUGUUUAUGAGCGCUGAGCCGGCCCCCACCCCCCAGGAACACAUUAUCCCACAGGGAAUCCUGGAAAACGCUAUCAAGAUCACCAAUGAACCGCCUACAGGCAUGCAUGCUAAUUUGCAUGCUGCUCUGGAUAAUUUUGACCAGGUAAGCGUGGAAGUAACACAGAGAGAAGAGGAUGGUCUUAAACUCCUGCUCACGGCUGCACUGGUCCAGGAUGUCCUAUAAAGAGACCCAUGAUUUAAAGGUCCCCUAUUAUACUGUAGGAAGUUUGGUCCUCAGGGCUGGAACAGGAAGUAUCCCUUCAACACUGGAGACCUGACGAUAUCAGUUAACGUCCUCUACAACUACCUGGAGGCCAAUGCACAGGUGCCAUGGGAGGACCUGAGGUACCUGUUUGGGGAGAUCAUGUAUGGUGGACACAUCACUGACGACUGGGACAGACGGCUCUGCAGGACAUACCUGGAGGAAUACAUGCAGCCCAACCAGUUUGACCGGAAGCUUUCUUUGGCUCCUGGCUUUGUCGUCCCCUCCAACCUGGAUUACCAGGGCUACCAUGAUUUUAUAGAUGAGAUGCUGCCACAUGAGAGCCCGGUGCAUUAUGGGUUGCACCCCAAUGCAGAGAUUGAGUUCCUGACAGUGACGUCCGAUAACCUUUUCCACACUCUGCUGGAGUUGCAGUCUCCUGACGCUGUGAUGGGGGAGGGGGUCUCGCAGACCCUGGAGGAGAAGGUGAAAACCAUUUUAGAUGAGGUGCUGGAGAAACUUCCAGAGGAGUACAACAUGUCGGACAUCACCUCUAAAACAGCUGAACGCUCCCCGUACAUCCUGGUCUGCUUCCAGGAGUGUGAGCGCAUGAACACACUCAUCUCUGAGAUACGCCGCUCUCUCAAGGAGCUCGACCUGGGACUCAAGGGUGAACUGGCCAUUUCCUCUGAGAUGGAGAAGCUGCAAACAGCCUUGUUCUUUGACGACGUCCCCGAUACCUGGACCAAGCUGGCCUACCCCUCCACCUACAGCCUGGCUAUAUGGUACAAUGAUGUGUUGCAGCGCUGUAAGGAGCUGGACAGUUGGACUCAGGAUUUGUCUCUGCCGAGUGUUGUCUGGCUGUCUGGACUUUUCAACCCACAAUCCUUCCUCACUGCGGUGAUGCAGACUCUGGCACGUAAGAACGAGUGGCCCCUGGAUAAAGUGAACCUGACAGUGGAUGUGACAAAGAAAUUUAAGGAAGAGUUUAACCAACCUGCCAGGGAGGGUGCAUACGUAUAUGGACUUUACAUGGAAGGUGCGAGAUGGGACACCCAGGCGGGGGUGAUCACUGAGGCCCGUCUAAAGGAACUGACCCCAGGCAUGCCCGUCAUCUCGGUCCGAGCGGUGCCCAACGACCGCCAGGAGACCAGGAACAUCUACGAGUGCCCGGUCUACAAAACCAAGAUCAGAGGACCCACAUAUGUUUGGACCUUCAGCCUCAAGACCAGGGAGAGGCCCGCAAAGUGGGUGCUGGCAGGAGUGGCUCUGCUGCUCAGUGUGUGAGGGGGGGACAGGGGUCCACAUUCAGAAGUUGAAAGGGAUUUUAGUUUAUAGGAAAAGGUAUC